UGCACGCCGCUGCGGCUAACUCCGCCCUUUGGGCGCCUGUGACCUUCGCUUCUGGAGUCUCUGCUGGCCCGUGGCUCUCUUGCCCGGACCCGCGCCCACGAUGCUGGCGCUGCGCUGCGGCCGCCGUCUGCUCGGUCCCCUCUCCGGCCCGCGCUCCGCGCACCUGCGCCUACCCGCGGCCCGCGCUUGCAGCAGCGGCUCCCGAGACCCGUCCUCUUCCUCCCGGAACCCGCUCGUGUACCUGGACGUGGGCGCCGACGGGCAGCCGCUCGGCCGCGUGGUGCUGGAGCUGAAGGCAGAUGUCGUCCCAAAGACGGCAGAGAACUUCAGAGCCCUGUGCACUGGGGAGAAGGGCUUCGGCUACAAAGGCUCCACCUUUCACAGAGUGAUUCCGUCCUUCAUGUGCCAGGCCGGGGACUUCACCAACCACAACGGCACAGGGGGGAGGUCCAUCUACGGGAGCCGCUUUCCUGACGAGAACUUCAAACUGAAGCACAAGGGGCCAGGUGUCCUGUCCAUGGCAAAUGCAGGCCCCAACACUAACGGCUCCCAGUUCUUCAUUUGCACCAUAAAGACAGACUGGCUGGAUGGCAAACAUGUUGUGUUUGGCCAUGUCAAAGAGGGCAUGGAUGUCGUGAAGAAAAUAGAAUCUCUCGGCUCCAAGAGUGGGAAGACAUCCAAGAAGAUUGUCAUCACGGACUGUGGCCAGGCUUGCCGCCGGCAGGAAGUCGCAGUUCUCAGAUUUAGCCACCAGAGGGCAGCAGGGGACCAGCCGAUUCCUGCGAGAGGAAAGCUGGGGGAUUUUGAGUUGGCAAGGAUGUCGGAGGAGAGAGCUCCACCCCCACCAGUACUCUCUGGGCAGCCACCACCUGAAGCUCACGAAUGCCCGAGACAGAGGCAGCACAGCGGGGCACAGACAUUAUCCAGACGAAGAAACUGAGGCCCAGCGCAAGGGAGACCCAAGCCGCAUCUCCUGAUUCCCAGCAUCCACUGCUUCUUCCCAGGCCACUUGUCGCCACCACACCUGCUCCUGCAGCCUCAAGACUCAAGGGGAGUUUAACCUGGACGGGGUCACAGUGUUUCAGGCUUCGGGUAAGCGAGCCCUUAGCUCUGUGACGUCAGCAGCCAGUGUUCUGAUGCAUCCCACAUCCCAGGGCCUGGCACAGUGCCUGCCUCGUUAGUGGAGUGGCUAGGUGUUUCUGAACAGGGAAACUGAGGUCCAGAGAAGGGAGGUGACUUGCCAGACCUCUGAGGCUACUCACUCAGAGUGUGGCCUCAGAGAGCCUCGGUUUCCACACCUGUAAAGUGGGCCAUUGUUGCAGCUCGUUUACAGGGCGGAGUCAGAUGUCUAGAUGCUUGUAAACUGGCGUUUGGCACAUACAAGCACGUUUCUGUUACACAGGGGGCUUCCCUGCUCCCUCUGUACCUCGCAUCCUGGCUCUCAAAAGUGAGCUUGUUUCUCUGGAAAAUGUACGGAGGUUAUUAGGCACACCUCCCGAGGCAGACGGUUUCUUGGCUGGCAGCCGUAGCCCCAGCCCAGAACUCCUACCUGUAGCAGGGUCCUCUGCAUGGACUCGGGGGAACUCAAAGGAAGCUGAUCAGGGCCAGCUGGGAGCCACUUGCCGAGGACAGGGGGCAGGAACUGCAGGCUGGUGUGGGCCAAGGGAGCCUUGGUGCCAGUGACCAGGACCCAGAAUGGUCCUGGAGGGGAGCUGAGUGUGAGCGCUACCCCCUGGACAGGCUGCAAACUGCUCAAAAGUAGCGCACCAACUUUUCUGCCUGAUUAUGCAGUGCCUGGCCUGAAGCUGACGCUCAGAGCAGAGAAUGGACGAGUCAGAGGGCUCUAGAAAGCGAGUGUAUGGACUGUGGGUGGGCAGGGUUCUGAUCCAGGGUCGUAAAGCCCAUCCCUGUGCUUCCAGGUCUAAAGCCACACUGGGAAGACAUGGAAAUAGGGCAGGAGCCUUGGCUUCAUCUCAGUAAGCUUUCAAUGACUGGCUUUCCUAGCCAGGGGAAAGGAGAAAGAGUUUGGCUUCAUGUCAAACCUGGACUCAAACUACCUAUGAGCUGUGCGACCUUGGGCAAGCCACCUGACCUCUCUGAUCCUCCACUUCUUCAUCUGUAAAAGGAGAUGUCAGUAACACUUUUCUCACGAGACUGUUUUUACAACUCAAGGGAGAUCACAAAUAGAAAGUGCGUAGCACAUAAAAGUUAUUAAUGUUGUUUAUUAUUAUUACUGAUAGGAGGGGAAUACCAGCUGGUAGAAGGCCACUGAAAGUUGAAGCCACAAUUCCAAGCUGAAAGACCUGGGAAGGUCACAUCCCCUCCCUGCCCUCCAGACAUCUUGAUACACACCUACAGUAUCCCAGGGCAUGGCCUACACACCCCAGCGCCGGAGAGCUCCCUGGCGGCUGAGCUCACCGGCUCAGCCCAUUGCCUGCACUUCACGAUCUUGGGCUGAAGUCUGGGUCCCUGUACGCCCAUCCCAGUGAUCCCAGCCACACAGGGGCCAUGCAGACUCUCUGCUGGUCCCCAUAGGUCCGAUGUGAGCAGCUCUGAAGUCUUCCCUCCCCCAGACCAAACCCAGCCUGAUGUCCAGCUCCCCUCCCGGACUCUUCAUGCUGGCCCGAGCCCCUCCCUGAACCCGUCUUCCAAGUGGGGCCGGAGAGACCAGAGCAGGCAGGCCUGACACCACCCUUGCUCCCUGUGGCUUACACCUUGCAAAGCACCACCACAUAAAUCACACAACCUAACGUCCUGUGAGGGGCAUCUUAUCAUCCUCAUAUAUUACAGAUGAGGAAACCGAGGCUCCAAGACAUCAAAGGCCCUGCCAGAGGCCUGCAGCUUUACCUACCUGCCAAGGGCUAUUGGGAGAGAACUUUCUCCUUUAGAACCUUAACUUGCCCUUCUGUAACUUGGGCUGGGGGGGUUUAAUAACAUUUGCUGUACGUGUGAUAGGGAGAGAAGUAAAUGAGAUGACUGCCUUAAGGUAGUUUCUAACCAUAAAAAGCUCUGUAAGACUCUAUAACUGCUGUGUGACCUCUUGCAAGUCACUUGACCUCUCAGGGCCUCAAUUUUUCUCCUCUACACAAUAGGCUAAUAAGGGUACCUACCUGAUAGGGCUGUUGUGAAGAGUAAAUAAGUUAAUAUAUGCCAAGGUUUUAGAACAGUGCCUGGU